AUGAUCGAUGUAAUAUUCUUGAUUGUUAUGAUUGGUGCAAUUGGAGUUUUACUCAAUCCUUCUGUAAGUCUUUUAGUGCGGAAAACUGUUGAACUUGGAGAAGAAGUUGUGGACGUGAUGGGAGAGGAAAUUGUUAAUGCUCCAAUUUUGUUUGGAUGUUUAGGACUUAGCAUUUUAUUCGCUGCAAUAGCCCUUGUGACAAUCGCGGUGUGUAUAGAUCGGAGAUGUGGGAAAGCAGGCUGUAAAGGGCUUCGGAAGGCUGCUGAAUUUGAUUUGCAUCUGGAGACAGAGGAGUGCGUAAAGAAUUCCAAUUACGUAGCAACGAAUGGAUUAAAGAAGCAACUUUUUGAAUUGCGUCGUGACCACCAUAGGGAAUUGGAAGCCGAGCUCAAGAAAAUGGCACCACCUAAUGGAAGAGCUGUUCUGGUAUUUCGAGCAAGAUGUGGAUGCUCUAUUGGAAGAAUGGACGUUCCAGGCCCAAAAAAGUCUCGAAAGGCUUUUUCAGCUAUUGCUGAUGCAGCUAAUGUUCUGGUAUCAAUAUCCCAGCCCAUACCACCUUCCAUACCACCUAUUGCUUCAGCACAGUGGAAAAAGUUCCUUUUAUGCUCCAUUCAAGUAAAGUUUUUAUGUCUGGUUCUGGCCAUUAGAAGGUUGGACCUCCAUGCUGUGACAAUGUCCAUUGGAAUCUUAGAAUAUUCUUAUAGAUGA